AUGGAAGACAUCGGGGAGAGGGAAGGAGGCCACGUCCAGGAGAGAGGCAGCAGUGGGCGGAGGGAUGGAGAGAGUGGGGAGGAAGAGGGGAGCGAUGCUAGUGGACAGGGCAUCAUCAUUGUGGAGACACGGUCUCUUUGCACGGAGGAGGCGAUGAUAACAGAGGAUCAGGGGGAGGUGGAGAGGGGGAAAGAGGAGGGGACGGAGGAGGAGGUGAAGGAACCAGAUAAGGACGUGGAGAUGGAGGAGGUGAAGAGACAGGAGGGGAAGAUGGAGGAGGUGACGGGUGCAGAGGAGGUGAUGGAGAAGACCAUGAAGGAGCAGAGUUUGGGGGCGAUGGAGGGGGUCGAGGAAGAUGAGGCGAAUGAAGUGGAGGAGUCGGCUAUUGUCAUUACGGAGAUUCGCUCUGUGGCCAAUGAGUUUGAUCAGCAAGGUGGAGGUGAGGAUAAGGGAAUUCAGGACGAGGAGGUGGAGCUGCCAGCCAGUGUUGUGGGCAUAGGCCGGGCUGACGAGUUGGAGGAGGAACAGCAAAGAAGUGAGGGAUGUAGGGACCAGGGUGAGCGGGUGCGGCAGACUGGGUAUGGAGACCGGGUGAAGGAGAAUGAGGAGGUGGCUCAACGAGGUGGUGGUGAUGAAAGAGAAGACAUGAGAGAUGAGUUGAGGGAAAUUGAUGAGCAAGGGGGAGCAGUAGAUAGAAACCGUACUGAUGAGGUCAACACCCCGGAGGUUGAGCAGCGACGAGGUGGAGGAGGAGGUGGAGGCACCCAGGAUGAUGAGAUGAAGCCGCCAGGAGGCAAUGGAGACGAUGAAGAGGAAGCUGGUGUGGCACGAAGAGGAGGUGGCACAGACGAGGAAGCGGAGCAGCACGGAGGAGGAGGUGGAGGAGGUGAAGAGUGCCGGGUGGCGGUUUCGAGUCGUCUGAUGGCCGUGCUGCUUCAAGCUUGUGGCGAUGUAGCCAAGAAGAAGGGGGGAGAAGAGCCAGCCGAUGGGGGUGACGUCGCUGCCAGUCUGAUGGAUCUCGAUGCUCGGGCCCGAGCCGCCCACAUUGCCACAGAGAUGGAGGCAGCACAGAUGGGCAGCCCCUCCUCUCCGCCCCUGGACCAGUGCCACAACAAUUUUGACACCCACUCGGACCAAGACAAUGAAGAGAGAGACGAGGAGGAGGACGACGAGGAGGAGGACGACGAGGAGGAUGAAGAUGAGGAGGAUGAAGAUGAGGAGGAUGAGGAGGAGGAUGAGGAGGAGGAUGAAGAGGAGGAUGAAGAGGAGGAGGCCUGGCAUGAAGACGACCAUGACUACACAUCACAGUUCAUGCACAACGGGCUUGCACAGAACCCACAGAUCUGCAAACAACCGUGCAUCCUUCUUAUGGACUCGCUUCGUGGUCCAAACCGAGACCACGUGUUCGACACCAUCUGGGAGUACUUGGAGGAGGAGUGGGAGGCAAGGCGGGGCACGCGGAGGCGCUUCAGCAGGGACACGAUGCCCGCGUGCUCCGUGCUGCUGCCUCAGCAGGACAACUUCAGCGACUGCGGGGUCUUCCUGCUGCAAUACGUCGAGAGUUUCCUCAAGACGCCCGUGACAAGUUUCGACCUCCCCAUGCGCCUGGACGGGUGGUUCCCCCCGGCCGCCACUCGCCACAAGAGGCAGGAGAUUAAAGAGCUCAUCCUGGCCCUGCACCAGCAGCAGAAGGAGCAGCAGCGCAAUGCGUGAAUGCGCCCACUGCUGCAGCAUUGUCGCUCAGCCGGCUGCAGCAUCGUCGCUCAGCCGGUCGCAGCAUCGUCGCUCAGCCGGCCGCAGCGUCGUCGUUCAGCCGCAGCGUCGUCGUUCAUACACAGCGUCGCUCAGCCACAGCGUCGUCGCUCAGCCGGCCGCAGCGUCGUCGUUCAUCCGCAGCGUCGUCGUUCAACCACUGCGUCAUCGUUCAGCCGCAGCGUCGUCGUUCAGCCGCAGCGUCGUCGUUCAGCCGCAGCGUCGUCAUUGCUCAGCAACAGCGUCAUCGCAAGCCACAGCAUCAUCACCUGGACCAGGGGCGGCUGUCUUUUUUAUAUCAAAGUGCUUUCUCAGGAAAGCGCUGGGUGGGUGUAGGGGGAGGGGGGGCGUGCUCUGGAAUUUUAUGCGGGGGGGGGUGGAAUGGGGGUGGGGAGGAGCACGAUGGGAUAAUGGAGCGAGGAGCAGCUACCGAACCCGACCACGGACAGCGUCAGAAGACACGACGACGUGUUUUUUUUUUUAUCAAGCGAGAGCGGCGCCCACCCCCAGUGACCAAAUUGGCGUGAGUGGCGGUGACGUCAUUAUUUGUCGUAGUUACCGUCGUGGUCGUCGUUGUCGUCGUUGUCGUCGUUGUCGUGGUGGUGAUGAUUCCCCGGUGGGGUCGCAAUGUCCCUCGUUUGCUGCGUUUGAUUUCGAGGGCGGCGGCGGUGAGCACCGGACGUUGAAGCGACCCUGCGGUUUGGGAGGCCCACGCAGCGAUCCGCUGUCCACGGGAGAGUGGGUGAUGGGGGUGGGCGAAGAGGGGGAGCGCGUUGGGGCCGGCACGAUGGAAUGAGUUCUGGGAGAAGUGCUAGAGAAUCCCCGGGAUAGACGGCGCCCGUCGCGACGAACUUAUAGGGGCCGCACACACUGGUGGGCGACUCUGUGUGGGGUGACUGUGUGGGGGGUGACUGUGGGGGCACACAGUGACUUUGUGGAGCGACUCUGUGGGGGGGGUGACCCUUUGUGGCGGGCAACUCUGUGGAACGUCUCUGUCAGCAACUCUGUGUGCCACUGAUUGGUCCCCCCCCACCACCCGCAGCAAGAAAGCCGGUGCCUCCGAUUGACUUGACGCAUGUGACAAGGACGACGACGACCCUAUUUGUUGACACGCGUGACGGUGCGUGUUGGUGUGCGUGUGGAGAAGGUUGUCGGGAUCUCAUUUACGUACGAUUGUCUCGCUGGCCACACACACAGCGAGUGGCUCAUUUGCGACGCUUGGGAAUUCACAAACUGAACGUUAACAAACGGGAUCGGACGAUGCUGACGAGAUGGUGCAAAUGAGGGACGGGGGCCAUACAAUCGAGACAACAGCCGGUUGACACUGCUUGCUAGAGCAGAGCACGACACGAGCCCUCGACUUUGCAGGAUUGGGAAUUGUUACGCAGCUAGGAUCGAUCGGCUCAGCGGCGAAUGUUCGUCGGCAGUAAGAUAAACGACCGCAGAGGUUCAGCCCCCUGUGUGUGCAGCAGCUGUGUCCCAGGCAGUCGGUAACCGGGCCGAGACCGCCAACGACUCCAACGCUUGAGUGAAGGCCAUUGAUGUCUCGGGGGCGGCCGAUGGCUUGCUCGCAAAGUUGAACGCAGGGAUCUAUCGUUAGAUCGCGAUGGUGGUUGGGGGGGGGUGACGUCCCAGAGUCGCUGUCGACUCAGCAAUUGGGACCUACGCAGAGGGGGGGGACCCAAGGAGAUGCCGCAAUACCCCCCCCCCUGCAUUUCCCCUCCUUACCCCCACAGUUCACAGGUGUGGAUGAGUCCUCCCCAAAGUUCAUGGUUCUCUCUCUCACACCCCAACAACAACAAAAUAACAACGCGAAUUUUGACUCCGUUGGUUUUUUUGCAGUGCCGAUGGAGCCGCACCCCCAACCCCACCCCCUCCCCCGUGGUGAAUGCCGCGGCUGGUGUAGAUUUCCUUAAAUCUCCGUUUGUCGUUAACAUUAUUUGUGUUGAAGUGGCUUCCUUUGGUUCGUCUGCCCUGUAAAUACGAUUUCACAGCAAAAACUCGGUUCUAAUAAAUCACGUUUGACUCGAUCAUCUUCGUUUUUAUUUAAGUUUGAUGUCUACAAUA